UAAUUAUCGAGAUAGCAUAAAAGGGAUGAGAUGCUGUAAAUCUGCUCGCUAAUUGGAUAUGCCUUUAGCUCGCGCUACGAGGGAAUAUCGUUUGGGAAAUACGUGCGAUCGCGAGUGCCCUUGUUUAUAAGGUAAUGCCGGCGAGCUGCCCUUCGCGAUCCUCCUUUGCAUUAGAACAACGCGCGAUGUCUCCCGUGAGAAAGGGAAGAUAAUUAGAUUUUUCUUUCGAUUUGAAAAGACCCUUCCCCGAGAUUGGCUCGCUAUUUUCACGACGCUUUCGUGUAAAUUUUUAAAGAACGAGCGACUCUGGAAAACGGCUCGUUGCAGCCCCGGUCGAAUCUUAAUUUUAAUUAAGAAUUCGGUCUCCGACGAGGAAGCGGAUGUGUUUACGUAUCCGCGUCCGCCGGCUCGUCGUCGAUUGCUCUAAUAAAUAAUUAUCGGCGUCUGUCAAUCGGCGCGGGGGAAGCAAAUAGCCAGGUGACAUAAAAAUAUUCGAACGGACCUAUCUCGGGCUACGUCGUUUCGUCCCGACACGUAACAGCCGAACAGCGCGACACGUUAUUCAAUAAAACAUGAGCGAUCGAGCAGGAUCCAAUAAGGAUCCGAGGCAAAAGAGAAGCAAUCCCAUCCAUAUCUCUAUACGCGCGCGCUGAGGAACUCGCGGAAGAAUUUAAUUCCCGCCCGCGCAAACUUCUCGCCCCCACCGCCGUCGACAUUAAACUCGCCCGCUUCGUCUCCUUCGUCCAGCCAGCGAUAGUCCGACAUUCGCUAGGAAGGAGGAAGAAGAACCGCGUCUGCCGGCGGAUCGAGCAGCUGCCCGAAUACGACGACGACGGCGACGGCGACGUCUCGCGCGUCGCAGCGAGAGUUCGGCCGUCGCAGGAGAACGCAGGUGCAGCUACAACGAAGGGUGGCGGUGCACGGGCGGGGGGUACGGGGCCGGCAAAGCCUUGUGACGAAACGAAGGAUUAGAUGGUGGAGGUGCUCGGGGGCCGGGCUAGGGAGCCUACGGGGCCGCGCAGGGCACCUCGCACCUACCCAGGGCCAGCGCAGCUGCAGCUGCGCCGUGCGGGCCCCCGCGAGGACGUAGAGGUCCCCUCUGUGGCUCAGCUCGGCAGAGUCCCGAAGGAUCGUGGCAGCGAGCCGCGCGUUCCGCUCGGGCCCACCCGUUGCGUCCUUGAGACGAGUCGCGAAGAGGACCGAGGACGUGCCCUUGAGCUCGCCGCGCGGAACGGACGAAGCGCGAAGAGCGAGCAGCUGGAGGAGGCCGCUCCGACGGGACAGGACGAAGCGAAGGAGAAGGAGGAGGAGGAGGAGGAGGAGGAGGAGGAGGACGACGACGACGUUAGUCCUGCUGGUGGUGGGCCGCUCGCGGCCAGGUUCGAAGACAAGUCGGAGCCCGAGCCGGGCUCCUGCGUAAGGAGCGAGGCUGGCGAGCGCAAUGUGGCAGAGCGGCGGCAUGGGCACCCAUGCGGCCAACAACCCGUGGAUGAAGCUUAUGGGCAUCGUCCACAAGGAACGCCGACAUCACGACUCGGGGUCCACCGCCGCCGCCGCCGCCGCUUCUGGGGUGCAGGGUUCAGCGACCACCGGCAGCAACGAUCGGACGCUCAAUCAAUCGCUGCCGAAACUCAGCAGCCAGGACGAGGAUGGGACGAACCCCCACACCCAAUACACAGGAGUCACGCACUUCGAGCCCAUACCGCACGAUCAUGACUUUUGCGAGAGGGUCGUCAUCAACGUGAGCGGGCUACGGUUUGAGACACAGCUGCGUACGUUAAAUCAGUUUCCGGACACGCUGCUUGGCGAUCCGACACGGCGGCUCCGAUACUUCGAUCCGCUACGCAACGAAUAUUUCUUCGAUCGGAAUCGACCCUCCUUCGAUGCCAUACUCUACUACUAUCAGAGCGGCGGCCGCCUACGCCGCCCGGUCAACGUCCCGCUCGAUGUCUUCUCCGAGGAGAUCAAAUUUUACGAGCUGGGCGAGAUGGCUACCAACAAGUUCAGGGAGGACGAGGGCUUCAUCAAGGAGGAGGAGAAGCCGUUGCCGACGCACGAGUUCCAGAGGAAGGUCUGGCUGUUGUUCGAGUACCCGGAGAGCUCGCAGGGCGCUCGGGUGGUCGCCAUAAUCUCCGUGUUCGUGAUCCUCCUGUCGAUCGUGAUCUUCUGCCUGGAGACGUUGCCCGAGUUCAAGCACUACAAGGUCUUCAACACGACGACGAACGGCACGAAGAUCGAGGAGGACGAAGUGCCGGACAUCACGGACCCGUUCUUCCUAAUAGAGACUAUUUGUAUCAUCUGGUUCACGUUCGAGUUAUCGGUGCGCUUCCUCGCCUGCCCAAACAAAUUCAACUUCUUCCGUGACGUAAUGAACAUCAUUGACAUCAUCGCGAUCAUUCCGUACUUCAUCACCCUCGCCACGGUGGUGGCCGAGGAGGAGGACACGUUGAACCUACCCAAGGGGCCGGUAAGCCCGCAGGACAAGAGCACGAACCAAGCGAUGUCCCUGGCGAUACUCAGGGUGAUCAGGCUGGUCAGAGUGUUCCGGAUAUUCAAGCUGUCCAGGCAUAGUAAAGGCCUCCAAAUCCUUGGGCGGACCCUCAAGGCCUCCAUGAGGGAACUCGGCCUGCUCAUCUUUUUCCUCUUCAUCGGUGUGGUGCUAUUCUCGUCGGCGGUAUACUUCGCGGAGGCCGGCUCCGAGAAUUCGUUCUUCAAGUCUAUUCCGGACGCGUUCUGGUGGGCCGUUGUCACGAUGACGACCGUGGGCUAUGGUGACAUGACGCCCGUGGGAGUCUGGGGGAAGAUCGUGGGCUCGUUGUGCGCGAUCGCCGGCGUCCUGACGAUCGCUCUGCCUGUCCCCGUUAUCGUCUCCAAUUUCAACUACUUCUAUCAUCGUGAGACUGACCAGGAAGAGAUGCAGUCGCAGAAUUUCAAUCAUGUGACUAGCUGUCCGUAUCUUCCUGGCACUUUAGGUCUGAAGAAGGUCUCGAUGUCAGAGUCCUCGUCGGACAUAAUGGAGUUGGAAGAGGGUGCCCUGUUCACUCAUCCAGAGAUUACUAAGAAGUCCAAUUGUAACCCCCGCCAUAAUAACAAUAUCAAUCCAGCCUGCAUGAGCAUCGAGACUGACGUCUGACUACUAGUGAAGGAGACGGUGGCAGCGUGGUGGCCGUUGCUGGGCCAGUUGUCGAAGAGCAGCUGCAGCUCCCUGCGGUGCCUGACGUAGACCUCCUUCACACUUCGUCGUAGUCGUAGUGGCUGGCGCCAGUGUCGUCGCCUGCUAAGAAGCUUGUCCAGCCAGGUCCGUCAGUUACGCGGGGCGUCACAGAUCCGGGUCGCGAAUUUACGGGGGCUCGCGAUCCUCCGAGGAAGCUAAUCGGCCCUUCUUCCACUCGGGACAUCGUGAUAAGCGGAAGACAGGAAGGCAAGAAGGAAAGAAAGGAAAAAGAAACAGAGAGAAAGAUGAGCCCUGAGGUGUGAGCGAGGAGCAAGAGAAGGGGAAAAAAUCGAGAUUGCUCCCGUCUUCUCUCGAGACGUUAUCGUCGUCACUUUCCACGCCAAGUCACUCGGAGAACUUGCGCCCCACGUAAGGACCCACGUGCAAACGAAGGGGACGGGAUAUUCCUCGCUCGCGUGCGCGUGUACGCGUGCGUGCGCACGUGCGUGCGGCCCCAACCUCCCACACCACCGACUCCAGUGUUCAAAAAAAAAAAAAGAGGUAAA